GAGUCAUUAUUGGCCACAUGAGGGCAUCCGUGUCCUCUGCUGCCUCUAAACAUCCAAACCUCUCUCCUCAUUUCAAGCCUUUGCCAAAUUCCCUCCUCCCUCCCUCCCUCUCUCCUCCCUCCUCCCUCCUCUCCGCCUGCCAGAAGCUCCUCUCGGGCCGUGUAGGGGAGCAUUCACACCCCGCUGUUGGCGUUUAGCGGAUGGGGCUCUCAGCCUGAGCCAGAGGGAGGAGGAGGAGAAGGAUGAACGGUAACCCGUGUGCCCGCAGGCUCGCCCGGCGCUCCAAAUCCGCCCUGCUGGUCGCGGCUUUGGCCGUCCUGUUGGUCCAGACCCUCAUCGUGUGGAACUUCAGCAGCCUGGACUCUGCUGGCGGAGACGGAGGCGCCAGGAGCCGGGAGAAAAGAGAGGAUCGAGCCGGGGGUCUUAACAAAGCCGACGGGGAGCCACCGCGGAGGGGGCUGCAGAGGAAGGGCGACCCGCCGCCCCCGUUUGGAAAGGCGGCUGUUCGACACAAGCUGCAGGCGGUAGGUUUGAAUGAUACCUGCUCCAGUCUUCGUGGUGACCGGGGCUGUGGUGUCAGCCUGAAAGCGAGGCUUUAAGACAUGUGUUCCCUCUGUGAGUGAGCGUUUGUCCCCGAGGAAAACCGCAUGGUCGCUACAGAGAAGAUGCUAUACUGAGGGGCUGCAGCUGCUCGUCUGUUGUUUUGGCUUUUGCAUCAACACAGUCAGGCGCUUUCCUCCCUGAUGUGGGAGAUGUGUCAGUAGGCCAAACUUGAUAUCAAAAUCAGCUAAUUCAAGGUAAUCAUGAAUGAUUUAUCUGACACAUUUGGCGAAUUGGCCCCCUGAAAAUUUUAUACCUAAUCUUAAUUUGUCUAUCGUCAGUUGUAGAGUAUCAGCAACAAUUGCACAGUUUGAGAAACUCAGUCAUAUUAGUAUGUUUGGUGCGCCGUUUUUCUCAAUAUUUUGUGGUGCUAUUUAAACAUCUACACAUCAAAAUGUGUAGAUUUCAUACACGCCGAAUAUACGAUUGUGGGUCCUUAUGCCGAGUUAGUUUGAUUGCAUCUCAGCACCUUAUGCUGACCUUUCAAAAGUGAAUGAUAAACAAAAUUUUGCGUUUUGUGAAGGGAGUUUGGUGCUACAUAGCCACCCUCACCUAGCAACACUCUUUAUAGUGUCGUCUUCUUUUCUGUUUUUUAUCUGAAAGGCCAAUAAUGUAAUUUGAACAGCCCGUGUUUCUAUUCUAGUAGCUGUGGCUGUCAGGUUUUAUAUGCAAUUCAAAUAAGAAACUGUAAAGCUUAAAAGUGCUUUAUGUUUGAGCUUUGAUUUAAGGGUUUAAUUAAAGCCCACCUCUAUUUGGUAUCAGGAUACCAUGCUGACACCUCCAGAAACCAGGCAAUGCUGAUGCCAUUUAUAGGAAAUUGGCCCUAAUUUACAAUGGCAGCUGGUGCUGUAACAAAAUUGAAAACGUACUGUGUAACAACAGAUAUAGCACCAGUCUACUGAAAGGGAUAAAAUGCAUUGGUCUGUAUUUGACAAGCUGAAUGAACAUAGCCAAUUCCAUGUGGACCCUUGUUUAUUUAUAUUUUCUAGCCUUUUCUGUGAAGUUUUUUGUUGGUCAGACGUCUCUAAAUCCACACUGGGGGUAAUCCUGAAGUUUGAAAAUACGGCAGAGGUAGAAAGAUAAGGCAUCAGCAUGACUACAUGUCAUCAGCCCAGAAUUCUUGGUAAAACAGCUCCUUGAAAUUAACUUCAUGUUAAUCCUGCGGUUUAAAUGCUUUUUAAAUUUAGAUUUCUGGUCAGGUCCAGAAAUUUGAUUUCUGGUUCUUUUCAACAGCAUUUAUUUUUCUGCCAUUUCACCAAGUUUUCUUUCUUUUUCUUUUUUUUUUAGAUAGCUUUCUCUUUUUGAUUCCCAAUGUAAUUCCUUUUCAUCUCGUAGAGAAACGAAUGAGCAACCAAAUUAUUGCACCCUGGAACAGAAAUGCACGACCAGUCAGUAACCUCACUCAUGUUGAACAUUCUUUAUCAGUACUUUGAUUACUGUGCCUUAGAAUAUCAACUUGUUAGUAAAAUCUUAUUUAGUUGUGGUAUGCCAUUCUUUUUGCGCAGUCUCUAUUGUUAGGCCAUCACUGCCUCUUUGGUUUGAACGAACAAAAAACAAAAUAAGGCUAUACAGUAAUUUAUGUGCAUCCUCUUUCUUCUACAACUUUCCUAAUAUGUUAAAUGUCUUGAAUGCAUAUAGGAGUGAUGAGUAAUCACUGUACUGUUCCCACGUCUCAUACAGAGGAGCUUCUUCUGUUUUCAUGUUCUUAAAAUAAUGCUUUGUGUGUGUGUGUGUGUGUGUGUGUGUGUGUGUGUGUGUGUGUGUGUGUGUGUGUUUUUGUGUGUGUGUGUGUGUGUGUGUGUGUGUGUUGCUUUACCUGGUGGGAUCCAGGUGUUCUGUCAUGUUGUUAAGACAUGAGCAAACUGUAAAUGCAGCUGCUGUGUGUGUGAAUGUGCAUGUGUGUUAAAGAAAGAGAGGUAGAGACGUGGGCUGUAUUGCAGGCAUCCAUUUUUACGUCCUUUCAUUACAGUUAACCGGAUACCCUGUGAUCUUCCCUCAGAGUGUGUGUGUGUGUGUGUGUGUGUGUGUGUGUGUGUGUGUGUGUGUGUGUGUGUGUGUGUGUGUGUGAGUGGUGAAAUGUCUUGACAGUUAUUGGCUUUAAACGCAGUAGAGAUACAUGCCAACACUUUUUAUAGAAAAGGAAGUUUUGGGAAGAGAAGAGGGGGAGAAGAGGGUGAUAAAAUGAAACAAAGACCAGUGUAAGAAAAAUGAGUAAUUUUUAAUUUCUGUACAGAUGUUUAAUCUUAACUACAGUUGUGACACUUGUCUUUAAGUAUUUUUACAACCUCUUUAGCAUUCAUGUCAGUGAUGGCUCUGAAUUUUUGAGGCCCUUCUGUUCUUUUUUUAUUUUCCUCCAUUUAAUGUCUCUCUUUUGUACUUUUAUGAGGUGUCGAAUAGCUUCAGGGUCAGAAUUUUUCCCCCCGCUCAUUUUGCCUUUGAUCAUGGAUCCUUUAAAAUUUGCAUCAUACUGAUUCCACUCAAAAAUUCUGCAGAGUUCGACAGACGAUUUAGCUCUUUGUUUUUGUCUGUUAAAGCGUUAAUGUUGAUCUGCAUUCAACUGCUGUUUGUAUUGUCGUAUUAGAAAGAAUGAAAUGUCAAGAAGACAUCCCCCGUGUCAGACUUAAGGUGUAAAUCACAACAAAACGAAUCAUCACAUUUACCUGAUAUUAAAAUCUUCAGCACAAGGCUUUUUGGCUUCACUUCACUGACAGUUUAUUUUUUCCAUCCAUGUUCACAUGAAAUUCUGAUGAAGCAACAGGUCAGCACAAGCUUGUUGCAAAUGAUCAGAAAAAUGUAGCAUGAUGCCCGAUCAUUUUGUUCCUCAAAUGUCAGAGAUUGCGGAAAGUGCCAGUCAUAAUCCCCCAGAGCCAAGACUGACAUCUACACAUGACAUAGUUUUGGAUUCAACAUUUAGAAAGUUUUUAAAAAUUCAUUCAUUUUUUUUUUUUACUGUAAAGUAGGAAGGUUGCAUUGUUUCUCUUUUACACAACAUAAAUGUAGUGUAGGGAGGGGAGGAGGAAAUAAUGUUAAAUGGUCACUGAACAAACCCCCACAGAGUAGUGAUGCACUGGUUUAUCAGCUAAAGAUCUUUGGGGGGAAAUAUCAACUCUGUUAAUUGACAGUGGUUCAUCUGCAAAUACUGUCAUACAUCACUGUUUGUCUGUAUCCUGUAGCAUUUUAUCUUCAUCUUCAUUCCCUGAAAAGCUAUUACAUCCUGUUGCUGAUUCAGAGAAGUUUUUUAUUGGGCACAAGUAGUCCCUGCUGGACAUAUUGAUUUAUUUGAAUGACCAAACAUGGAAUGAAAUGUGUGCAGCGGAGGAAUAUUACUCAAUCUCUGAGAAAGAUCAGCGACAUACUGUCUGUAAGACAUGUUUAAGGGGCAUUUUAAAUGGGAUUUAAUUGGAGAGACUAACAACUAUUUGAAUACAUUCAAUCUCAUUGCAAAAAUAAGACCCAAAUAAAGAAAAAGAAGUAAUGCAGAAAACAUCUGUAUGGAUUUAGAUUUUCUUUCUAGAACAACAUAUACUGCUUUGUUGCCGUGUUGCAUUUGAGAAAUAAAGCUGUUGUAGGAGUACUUAAAACUGCAGUUACCUGAGUGUCCACUUGGGGCUGUCUGUUGGAGCACCAGAAACUACUGUGCCAUAAAUGUCUGUUUUUAGAGCAAAAAUACGCACAUUUAUAGCCUGGCUUGGGGCUCCAACUGCACCCACUUCACAGGGAACAACAUUUUUUGAUAAUCGUUUGUUCAAGUUUAUUCAGGUCACAAGAUCGGUGACUCAGAGGCACGACUGACUUUACUGACUGGAGAGCACAUUGUAGCCUUUUACAAGGAGGCUUAAGGCCUGGGUUGGUUAACUGAAAGUUAAAUUGAGUCAGCAUUUCCAAUGUGGCAACCACCGGGUGUAGGCUUUCAAAACUCCUCUUUAGAAACAAAUGGGUGACGCUACCAACUCUACAUUCAGUGCUCAUACAGUCUAUGGUUCACAUUAAUGUUUUGUUAAGUAACUAGGCUCCAAGGUAAUAUCUUUAAAUGGUUAUGUAUUACCUUUAAGCCUAAUUGAUACUCCUGCAUUGACUUGAGGCUGCAGCUUUGCUUUAGUGGCCUACUCUGUUAUACACUGUUUUAAGCACAGGCUUGUGUGUUGUACUGUUUGCAUCGCUUUGGAGUAUUCAGCCUUAUUGCUAGUGCAAUUUCUAUGCUGGACAUUCUGCGCUUUUGUCUUGUUUGUGCACCGAAAACCAAAGCAUGAUUGUUUAAUGUUUGAGUUGGAGCUGAUGAAUGUUGAGCAGGAGUUGAUAAAUCUGAAAUUUCAAGGAAGGGAGAGGAUACUGAAUCAGUGUUUGUAACUGCUAUAAUUGCAGGAAAGAAGACAGAAAUGUGAUGGGCUGGUGAUCUGCAUGCAAGACAACAGACCUGAGCUUCUGUCCUGAAUGUAGGUUCAAAAGUACAGUGCCAUGUAACCUGGGUGGUGGUCUUGCUGAUGCUGCAUCAAGUUUGGCGUAUUUUAUCGUUAAGCUGCAACUCUUUUUGCAGAAGGUUUUGCAGACAGGCAAUCUGUUGUCUUUUAAACUUGACAGUCAUUUUUGAUGCACCCAAAAUGUUCCCACACUGCUGUCUACUCUUAUUUCUUCUUCUUCCCUCUCUGUCAUAGCUAAGCUUAUGCAGUGUAGCCUCUGUGUGUCUUGAUAAGUACAGCACAUUAAGCUGCUGCACCACAGGAGUCAUCAUAUCUUUGUUUUGUGCAGGUUGAGCCCACCAGAACAUACCCACUCCUUUUGGAGAGUGGCAAUUGAAACACUCGGUGUAGCGGAGCCUUUAGAUUAAAAAAGUUACAGUUUAUGGUUAGUGAAACCAGUCUACUGCUGCCCUAGCACAGGGUGUUACUAGAGAAUACAAGAAUAUGAAUCUUAAACUUAAAAAAAAAUAAACUUAAAAUACUUAAGUUUUGAAAGCACAUAUUUGUAAAACAAAUCCACUCAAUACUAGAGAACUAAACCACACAUAACCUAAAACUAAUUACAAAUAGAUAGCUUUCAAAGUAUUGCAGUGUUGUUAAUCCCAGGUGAAUCUGGGAAGGUUGGACUCGUCUAGAGGUGAUAAACUGAGUGGAGGAGCGCUGUGUGUUUAUUGACAGGAAGAGGCAUCCUUUUUCCAAUAAAAGACUGGACAUCAUUGGAGGAGGCUCAAUAAAAACUCUGUGUGUGCGCGCGUGUGUGUGUGUUUCACUUUCACUGCAAAAAUCUCCACAGUGUACACAUUCACAUCCUAGAUAAACCAAAAUACCGACAGUGUUCAGCUUUCCAGUAACCAGACUGCAAGGAGGGUAUGUUUACAGGUGCGUGUGUGUGUGUGUGAAUGUUGUUCCAUAUGUACUGACUGCUAAUGUCCAAUGGAGUGUGUUUUACUGCACUCCUGGAUGGCGCCACAGCUGCAUAACUCUCACAUUCAUCACACCUUUGAGGGGAUGGACACGCACACACACCCUUUCUCUUAUACAGAUAUAAAGAAGCACACACAUGCACACACACACACACACAGGCAUCGCUGACCACAUGUGUAUCCGGCUGAGCUGUUUCACAUCCUAACAGCCAGGUCAGAUCAGAUUAAAGGAUUGGUUUGGAUCAGGUUUCUCUGAUGGGAUUUAUGCUUUCUAAUCUAGUUUAGAUUGUCCAAUAAUCCCUAAAUACCAUGUGUAAGUGUGUGUGCAUGUUUUUGUGUCUGUGUUUGUAUGUGUGUGACUGUGUGCUAAUUCACCUUGAUCUGCGGAGACUGGUUUCAGACUUCAACAGUGAAAAAAGGGUUUAGGAAGCGAGGACAUUUAGCAUGGUUUACUGCCUGGAGCCUGGUAACCGUAGUUAUCACGUUUCUAAAUGUAAAAUUAUUUGAUGUCUUCAUCUCAUUCCAGCAAGCAUGGUUGCAAAACUCACUUAAAACUGUUUCACAUCUCUCUGCAGUGUAAAACCCUUAAAACUGGUUUGCAUGUAUAUAGUACUGGACUCUUAAACUUGAGGUAAUGCUGCCAUAAAUGAGACUCGGACAAUAAGGUGCAUAUGGUGUCCACGGCUGUCAUUUCAUGAAACUGGAUUACAAUAUCACCUGAUCUGAAUCAUCUUAAACUGGAAAGAGGAGGAAUGUGUCCAAUGUGCAGAGAGGCUCAGUAAUGAAAUGUGGGUUAUAAAACUAUCAACCAUGUCUCAAAGCACUUUGUGUCUUAUCACAGACUUUGCUGUACUGCUCGUGUUUCUGGUUGUUUUUGUAGUUGGGAUCAGGACAGCCCUAGUUUAAUACACAUGAGGCAUGAGAUGUAGAAAUAAAAAUAAGAUGUCCCUUAUGGGCUGCAUCAUGAUGGCCAAAAUGAUAACCAUUAUUCUGAUCAGUAGUGAGAUCACAGUUGUUGAUCAUGGUUAUCUCUUUAAGGGGCCUUUUUUCUGCUUAUUGUUCAUAUCACCUUCUGCCAUGACCUCUCCCCCAUAUAACCUUGCAAACCAAAACAGUAUUAUAGUGGGUGAAGGCUGCUUUCUAUGCAAGCGAAAGUCAUUUACUCACUAAUUGAGGUGACGUAUCUCAGAGCAGCUGCUAUAUCAUCCAUCUUUUUAUACUGUAUAUCCAGUAGUACCUGUUUUUGUUUUCGUCCUUGAACAGUUUCUGUAUAAGUAACUAUCCAAAAAUCUACCUCACGGCACAUCUGCUCUUCUUUGCGGAGUUUCUCCCCCUCACUAAUUAUACCGUCUCUCUGUAUUUUAAAUAGUUUGAUGUGAUUUAUGAUGAUUUUGUGUGUGAUAAUUUAUCAUUUAGCCUGCAGUCAUGAAGGAGCAGCAUCAAAGUGCAGGUCUCUGUAGUGUCUCUGAUUACCCUCUGCACGUCAUGCUGGCAUGUUACUCUCUGUUUGAUGAUUAGUCAAAACACACUGAUGUUAAAACCAGAAAGCUGCUUUAUGUGUGUGUUUUUUUCUAUUUUCUUUGGGAUAAUUCUCACUAAAUCUGGAAUAGAUCGACUUAAUCCCUGCUGUAAUCCCUAACCAUCCUGAGUGCGUGGGCUACUGCAGCCAGGUUUCACAGCAUCAUCUCGUCCCUUUACAACAGUCCAUUUAGCUUACUUAUUCUCCAUCUGGCUCUGUUUUUACUCUCCGUCUCCACCUCUAUUUUCAGCAAAGAUAGCCUCCUUUUAUUUUAAGAGUCCACUUUUUUGCUGAGCUCUUUUGAUCGUCAUCAGCUUCUCAGUGUUUCUUUAAUGUCUGAAUUUUUGCAGCAAAACAGAAAAAAAAACAUGUUAAUGGUCGUCACAUUUAAUUACAAGUUUGAUGAUUUGGAGACAAAUUUUUCCUCCUUCUUUACAAGAAACUGUCACUUCAUGUCAAGUUUUGCUCUUUGUCUGUGCAUCAGCAGAAUCUGAUUUAUGUGAACCUGCUUUGUGAGUGAUGAAUAAAAGGAUAAUGUUUAAGUUUGAUCCUUGUAUAUUGAGACACUUAAGUAAUGCUCUGAUCUAUAUUAGGCCUGUUGGGUUAUUAUUGAAAUCAUACAGACAAUUAUUUGGAUUGAUUGAUGUUGAAAUCGUGUUUAUUUAACACUAUUAUUCAUUGAUUCGACAGCAUCUGAACUGCAUGCAUUUAUUGAACCCAAGCAGUCUGGAUACCAAAAACCAAAGGAGAAAUGUGUCAUAUUCAACUCACUUGCUCUUCAAACUCAUCGACAGCAGUAUCCAUAGGAAAAUAAGGCAAGAAAAAAGAAGGGUUGCAUGGGAACAUUUUACCCAAAAGGAACAGGAGUACUUGGCUGCAGACAUAGCAGGGCUCUGUUAGCAGUUUGACCUCCAUAAACACUUGCCCAGUUGGAAGUUGGACUUCCACUUUAAUGUGAGCUGUUCCUGAGAAAAAGCCGAUUUCUUUAGCUAAAUUUGCUCUGUCAUGUCUUUUGAACAAACUCUAAUAGUAAAAAGUAGAGGUGUAAUGGUGGUAAUGGUGCACAAAACUCAUGGUUCGGUUUGACGUUGUGGUUCUUGUUUGUUGUGUAUUGUGCCGGCUGCCAUGAUGGGAAAAGCAGGUUCUGUGUGUGGUCCAAAACAGUUUGGUAUGAUGAUGUGUACUUAUACAAUACUGGUAAAAAUUCAAUAGACUUUGAGAGUUUUAACUUUUUAACUUGCAAUGAAGAACCAGUGCAGAGUUAGACCUUUGCAUAGUAACUUUAGCUCAUGGGUUUUUACCAUUAUUAAGUGAUCUUGCAAACUGUCUGUGAACUCAUCAGUUUUCAAAAAUUUGAACAGGUGUUAACCUCAGUUUCAUUAUUUAAAUUGCAAUGUUUGAAUACAUUUGGGUAUUUGAAAUGGUUAAUUUUAUGAUCUUAAAAGGAGGCAAUUAUUAAAUUUAAUAAUAGUUUCUUGUAGUUAUUUUAGAGUCACCCUUUUUUAAAAUGUAAAAUAAUGUAAAUACUGCCAAGAUCUAAACUUCCCCUCUUGAACAAGCACACUUUCUGAAUUUAUUUCUGUACGCUGUGUUCAGAUUAUGAAAAAUAACAUAAUUCAAUAAUAAAUAAUUCAAUAAAUUAAAAAAGAUACAAUGAAAAGCAGCUUUUUCUUGUAAGAUCGCUUAAUCCCCCUUGACAAGUGAGAUCCAAGCUGAGGUCCGACUUCUAACCAUGCCACACUUACGGAGGUGUGCUGGGUUUGCUGCCAGGUCCUUCUCAAAAGGAUGACUUACUUGUGAGAUGUGCCUUAUCCCAGACUCAUCUGGGAGUCUGUGUAACUGCGGAGAGAAAAAUCACAUGCAACAACAAAAAACACAAAACAAGCAAAAGGAAAAUAUAUGUUCAUCUUUCAGCCUUUCAGUAUCUGUAAUCCUGAACAUUCAUUUUUGCCCCAUCUGCUGUAGUAAACCCACUAUGGGUUUGAAGGAGCUCUUUUAUGUCAAUUGUCUUUAAUUAAUCCUCUUUUGUCCAUUUCUGCGUUCAGUAAAAGUCACUGUGAAGAGUUUUUACUUGCUUUUAAAAAAAUCUUUCUUUCAGUCAAUGUUCGAUACUCGUCCUGAAAAGAUUGUUUCGAGUGCUUUAGGAAAAAGUUAGGCAGGACGAGGAGAUGCAUUUUUUAUUUUUCCUCAGGGUUUGAAAAGAUAUGUACAUUUUCUGUUAAACUUUUGUUUUAGAUGGAGAAGUUCUAUGACCAGUGCUUUGAAACCCUGGAAGAUACUCAAUGAACCCUCUGAGAUACUUUUUAGUUCAUAAAAACACUUUCUGAGUGUUCAGAUGAUUUCAUAAACACGGGUCAAACCAGGCUGUUUUUCUUUGAGACAUUUUUGGGCAAACACCCGAAGGUUUCACUCAGAAACAGCAACAAAUUCCAGACUGUGUGCUCCCUCAGGAGUACAAACACACACUCUUAUUUACACAACUGUUUGAUUAAUGCAUAAGCAGGGCCUCUGGAUGCUGUACACAGGCUGCUGAAAGACCUCUUUAUGUGAAGAUGUUUUUAACUCAAGCAUUUAAACACAACCCCGUGUCUGUUCAUUAUGAAGCACUCUAGAAGUUACAAACCAUCAGAGUAAUGAUCAUGAACAUAGACAUAUACUACCUGACUGGUUUGCUUGAUGAUCAAACAAGGAAUCUAUUGAUAUUUGAAGCUGCUGUUGUGCAAUCCUUUUACGAGUUCGUCUCCUAUCAAGAAACAUUUCUAUACAGUGAGACGAAAUCGUUUUAAUUACGUUCUCAUGCACAAUAGAUUACAGUUUUUGUCAUUACUCUAAAAUAACUGCUGUUUCAUAGCUUAUUAAAAUGAAUACUCCUCUUGUUUCAUGCAGCAAUGAAUACUCUGAUUUACCCUGCAAACUCUUGGCUGGUUGGUUUGUUUAAAACGUAGAGGCAGUACUUAAACAGACUCUCUGUCAAAAGCCCGGCUGAGGCCUCUUUCACUCAUAUGCUCUUGAAGUUUGCCAGAAAUUUUCAGGAGUUCUGCCCCGGAAAUUUUCCAGAGCUGCUUCUCUGGGGAUUGACGUCACAAAUAGCUGUGAAAGUCACAGUGAAAUCUCUUCUACAUGACAGCAGAGCAACAUAAUAGUCUGCAUGUGUAUCCAUAAAUGAACAGAUAUGAUCCAGACAUCCUCACCGUUAUCGUCUUAAAAGGAUUCUCUUGCUUUGACCUCGGCUGUCUUUAUUCAUACCGUUGUCUAUUGAUCUCCUCUGUUUGCACCAGUUGCAUGAUUUAGAAGUCAUCACCAACUACUUUAUUUCUUGAAGUGCUUUCAAAUCGGCACACCCUGACUUUAUAUGGAGUUUUCUUUUUUCGUUUAAAGAUCAGUCCUGAGAGCAGAAUAAGAUCAAUUAAUCCUGAAUUAUGUAAACAGCAUUUAGUAGACAAGCAACUCCUGUGUUCUGCAAGUCUUGUGGGUCAAAAGAAAUUAUUUCAACAUCAAUUUCUACUGAAAAAAGGACUUUUUUCAUAUAAAGGUCUAUUUGUAUAGUAGGGUUGAAAUGAAGCCAAAAUAUUAAACUUAAGUUUGGCCCAAUUAAAAGUCAAAUGAUAUAAAUGCCAGUUUCAGGGCUUCAAAAAAUGAACUUCACUGCAAUUACAGCGCACACUGGGCUGGUUCAGAGGUUGUUAAAAACAGAGCAGAUUUCACUUAAGCUUCUGUAUUGUUUAAUUGUAUGGAAUAUUAAAAUAAUGGAGACAGCAUUGUUUUUACGCUAUAGUUUACACAAUUUUCUAAAACCCUUCGCUGUAGGUGUCCUUUCUUUAAAGUUGUUAGACAUUAUUGCCAAUAUCAGACUACAGGAUCAGAUUGGUUUAUCACAGAGCUGUAAAUAUGUGCCAUGAUCAGACCAAUAGACACUACAGCAUGUGCCAAGUUGGUGAGUGUGACGACCCUAGGUCUAUUCAGGACUUGCUGUCUGUGCCGUUCCUAGUUUUUGUUGUUUCUUCUUGCAGGAUGAUAGGAUGGAUGAUUUUAUCAUGAUCACCUUUUUUUUUUACUAUCACCCAACCAAACUACUCCAACAAUCUGACAUUUUACUGAAACAUCCUCAAAUAUUUUCUGAUUCCUGCUCCUUAUCAACAGAUGUCAGAGCAACAGGUUUUCUCUCACUCUCUCUCUCUCUUUCUCUCUCCUUCUCUCCUUUGUCUCUCGCCCCGGGCUCCUGAGGGUUUGGGCUCUUGUCUCUUUUCUUUUCGCCUUUAUCACGAAGCAGCAGGAGGUCUGAAGGCAGCGUAGACGACUUCAAUAAGAACCUGCUGUGGAGGAGAGCAAACUGACUCACACACACUCAUACACACUGAGAGAGUGUGUGUGUGAGUGAGUUAGUGGUGUGUGUGUGUUUAUAUAAAGAAUAAUGUCUUUGUAGGUAAGCUGUGGUAUUUUUGCUGCAGCUGGUCUCCAUGGAGUGCAAAGGCUUCUGGGAAGAAGCUCAAGCAGAGAGACACAACUGUUGGAAUCAUUUUAUCUGCAAAUUUAAAAUCGCUGUGAGGAGUUUUGAAGUGGAUAUGAAACAGAUCGUAAUUUAAUCAGCAGUGUCUCUUUAGGAGCUAUGAAAGCAAACAGGACUAUCAGCAACAUGAUUUUUAUUACAAGUUUUUCAUGUCAUGAUUCUUAAAGCUAGCCACUGCUUUGAUGGGAGGCAGAAUCAGAUAUUUGACAAUGGCCAAAAAAAAUCUGCCUUUAUUACAUUUGCGUAUUUACAUAAAAAAUAUAAUCACAGUGAGUUUUCUAACUCACUACUUAAAGACAACAGGAUGAGAUUUCAGGUAUUUUGAUUGACCUUACGUGUAACGAUAUUUGCUGCACAGCGUUGGUAGUUUUUAGACAUCAGGACAUCCCAUACAUCCAAAAACUCCAAAGGACUUUAAAAACCUGCGUUUUCUACCACAGAGAUGAAUUUAACCACCUUUUCUGUAAUCUCUUUGGCCCUUUUACUCUCGCCAGGAUUUAUCCUUCCUUCACAUGAUCCAGAGUUUGUUGCUUAGAUGCUGCAGCCAUCUCCUCUGGUGUUUUAGUGAAUGCAUGGUCUUCACUGCAUGUUUAGUUUUUCAUGUCGCAUCAAACUUGUAGCACUGCACACACCUCUACUGCUACAGCUUCUCAGAAUGAUCAUAUCACAAAUAUUUACAAGUAGGUGUUGGAUUGUUUUUUGCUUUCUUGCUUAAAAUACUUCCACACUGCUGAUAUUUCAGCCAGAGGGUUUCUUUCUGUGUUUGCAUUUUGUUGUACAUUAUGCUCAGUUUACGACAGCUGAUGUAAACAAUGGGGGGUGGAAGAUGAGGAUUAAAUGGCUCAAUCCCAUUCCUGAUCUCUACUUAGUUUAAAAAUGCACGAAUCAGCCCCCAUUCAAUAAUGAUCUUGGGAUUGUAACGGCUCUUUUGCAAGACGGAUGAUCAAAUUACCAUUGAAGACACUGAGGGCUGAAAGUAUUUCUGGAUUAAUCACUUAAUUUUUAAGUAAUUUUGUCUGUAAACACAUUUUGAGAUGUUUGUUUGGUGUGGAUUUUUUUCUCUUCUUUUCUGAAAUUUGGCAGACUAAAUGCUUGAAGAUUUUUGCUUUGGUCACAAAACAGACCAUAGCAGAUUCACGGGAAACAUACUAAGUUUACGGUAUAUAAAGGGCGGUUUCUGGUUUCUUCCUCAUAUGUACCAUGACAGCAGGAGAGAUGAAAAUAUUAACUAACUGUUCACAUACACAUGAGUAUAUUUCUCAGCUGAUUCGAACGGAUGAGGUAAUGAAAGGCUGUCUGAGGAGCAGGUGGCAGGAGCUGAUAUUUCUGCUUCCCCACAGGCGCUCUGAUUAUGUAUGUGUGUGUGUGUGUGUGUGUCUUUGUUAGUGUGAGUGUGUGGCGCUGAAAAAAGGCAGAUGUAGGUCGGUCUGUGGGAUUAAAAUACUUAUGGAGGUCAUGUGCCUCUGCUAAUAAAACUCAUACACAAACGCAUUCAUCUCUAUCAUCACCUGACUCUGAGAGGUCAGGGCUAGAGCCACAGCUGUCUCAGGAGGUCAGAGGUCACAUAAGCUCAUUAUCAAGCCCUUUCCUGUCUCUUCCUCUGGCUCUGCCUUUUUCUUUUUUCCUGGAAAGAAACUGUGAAUGUGACAUUUUACCUGUAAAAUCAGGGGCUGUCUUCUACAUGUAAAUUUACUGCAGAAGAUGUCUUCAUAUAUGGUAGUGGUUCAUAGCAAUUUUUUAACAGCGAAAGCAGAUACCAAUUAUGAGAAAGCAGCAGCAUGACUCAUGUCCAAUAUUUAACACCAAAAUCACAUAGUUGUUUUUUGUUCUGUCUUCUAUCAUAUUUAAUAUAUAUCUUAUAUAUAUCUUAUAUAUAUAUUCAUUGUACUAACUUUCUCCUGCUCUAUGAUGUCACCUCUACUAACCUCACUGAACAACCAGUUGAUUUUAUCUCUCCAUUAUCAUAGAUUUGACUUCAUAUUAGCAAUUAUUUGGAAAAUCAAUACUUGGUUAAUGAGACGAUACGAUAUAUCACCAGACAAAAUAUCACGAUACUAUGCUUUAACGAUUUUUCUCCCAGCCCUAUAUAUUAUAUUUGUGUGCCAUUUCCUUAAAUCUAUGUAAGUUCAGCAUGAACAGGUCAAGACUGAGCAAUGCCCAAACUCUCUGUAAUGAUGGAGGGAGUGGUGGUGGUUUGAAGACUUUCCCCUCUUUAGAAACAUAUGUAUAUGUUCCAUUGUUGAUAUAAAAGCACAGAUUGAACUGUCCUCACUGUCAUUUUCUUCUAGAGCAGGUGGAGCUGCAUUCCUAACACAAAGCCUGAACUAUUAUUGAGACCCAGAGGGGCCACACUAUCAUUAAAUUAACAAAAAUGAAAAGAGCUCACAGGCGAACGCAGAUAUUAUACAUGCACUUGCUUGUUGUAAUGUUUCCCUGAGGCUGUGGUUAGAUCAUUUUCUCUAAAAGUGGUGUGGGAAGAAGCUCAACAUCAAAAAGUAAAUUAUUCAACGUUUACUUCAUUUUUAUCCACGUGUACCUCUGACAAUGAGAAGAUAUCUUUGUUCAGCUUUUGAACUAGUCUUGUCUCCUUUGCAGGAUGUUUAUCAUUCCCACCGGCCGAAAGAGAAACUCCGACUGGACAGCAACAACAAUGAGAACUCAGUCCCCAAAGACUUUGACACUAUCGACAGCAACAGUAACCUUGGAGCUCGAUCUCAACGCCAACGAGUGCCGGUUGGAAACGCCAAACGUAAACUGGAUAAGACACAAUCACAGGGGAUUCUGGGAAAACCUGCUAACGAGGUCAUAAAGUACCCUGCAAUCCAACCCAGAGGAGCUGGCCACAGCCACAACCAUACCCUCAACCGGAUUAAACCUCAUCCGCAGAUUCCCACCGUUUCAGCGCCACUCCAAGAGUCCAAUCAGGAUGCAGCUUUCUACCAGGUGAAGAAGUCAACCUCUCUGCUGCCUCCUGGUUCAGAACUGAAGAAGGAGCAGCCGCAGUGUGAGAUCAGCGGGAAGGAAGCCAUCUCUGCUCUGUCCAGGGCCAAGAGCCGGGAGUGUCGGCAGCAGAUAGUGGAUGUGUACUGCAAACACAAAGACAGGGCGCUGAUGCCAGAGAAGGUGCCUCGAUUCUGCCCCAUUGAAGGUGAGAGAAGCAGACUGAGACUCAAGGAUAUAAAGAUAGACAAUAAUAAACCUGGACAUUGUGAGGUACUAAAAUAGGAGAGUAUGAUGUGUCCUUAAUAAUAAGAGGAUCUUCAGGAAAUCAGUCAAGUAAAAAAAUUCUGUAUUUUUAGACAUCAAAACUUGACGAGCCAUGACAGACAUGCCUUUUGAGUUUCAGACAAAAGCCACAGGAUUUUUUUUUUUUUUAAUCUCAGAGGUGUCCGCCAAUUUCACACCUAAUUUGAAGUAGUAGUUAAUCCUGGAAAGAUCUCUGGAAAUACAAAGUUUACCAGGUUUUUUAACAAUUAUUUUAAAGGUGAACUCUUUGGGGGUUUGGGAUGCAGGUCCAAGAGGCCUAUUUGUAGGUCUAGGCAUGAUACACAAGCCCAACGAAUCGCACAUAUUUAGCCAAGAGUUAGUUUAGAUCAGCCACUGUUUUCAAUACCAGCUCACAGUACAACAUCACUUCUUCACCUCACUUCAACUUUAUUAUGUCCCAAAAAUGGGCAAAUUGGGUUGCAGCACACACAGGCAUUUAAAACACUUCCAUACAUCAUAAAAAUAAAAUAAAAAAAAUAAAAUACAUUUACAUAAAAAACAGUUCAGGAGGUAAAAAGCAUUAAAGAUGGUUUAGAAGGUAGCUUGUAGCUUGAUCUUUAAUAAUAAUAAUAAUCUGAUUGUAACGUCAACUUUACUCAUCUAGUCAUUAGAUUUUUCACGUGUAUGUUGGAUUAAACCGCUUUAGCUUGCCUACCCUUUCUGCUACAACCCACCCCCCCAACUCCCCCUUUUUAUGCUACUAGUGUUAAAUGUAGUGUUACUGAACUCUGUAGUAAUGGAGAAUAAGCUUCAUUAUCUCCUUCACUUUUAAACACCUGUGAAAAACACCUCAGGGUAUGUUUAGUCGGUAUUGCCUGAAGACAAAGCAUGAAGACUUGUCUCUUAAUCUGGCUCUUGGCACAUGUAAUUAAUGUUGUCUGAUAAAAAAGUCAUCUUUUUUAUAUUUUUCAUUGUUUGAUAUGUUAAUCUUUGUUGUAGAAAUGUUUUGGCAGCAUGCUGUUAAUCACCUCGUUUAAGAUAAACGUAUAAAAUAACUGUAUAGGAAUAAUCUCUUUUUCUCAGGUGGUCUAGUUGCUUAUGUAGGUCAUAAAGAGACUUCCGUAUUAAUUUUAGCUUGUUUUAUACUGUUUAAAACCUUCUCUUAGGAGCUGUGACACAGCCAGCCAUUGAGAAAGUCAGUAAAUGACAGACUUAAGAGACUGAAAAAAGAGAGUGGAGAAAUUGGACGAACAGUUGGCCUCUUUGAAGUUGGGAAACAUUUUUAACCCGACACGUGCCGGUGUGACAGAAAGUGAUCCAGCUUGUUCUAUUCAGGGAGUGAAAGCAUGAAUGGACAGAGGGAGGCUGCUCACCACGAGGAUGAUACUCAUUCAGCAUAAUUACACCCUAAUUAAAUAGUUUGUAGUUUUAUUUUUGGAACCGCUGACUAAUGAUUUACUUGUAGCCAAGCUCUUAGAACCUCCCUGUGCUGAUUGAGGUUUAAUUUAUAUGAUGAUAGGUUACUUUGAAGAUACACUAGUUAUUAUAUCCACAGACCGAAGCAGCAACACAUGAGCUGGUUUGAAUUCGACUGACUCUGGCUCAGUCUCUUGGGGUUGGUGAAGCAUUUGGUGGUUCUGUGCUCAUGAAGGCAUUAAAGUGUACAUCCCUAACCCGUGUAUGACAUCCCUGCCUCCCUCUGUCUGCACAGCAUUUCUCCACUGAGCCGCCUGAUUACAGUCAUUUCUCCCCAAACUCCAAUCCCAGCAUGCCCCACAGUCCAGGAAGGUCACUAAUUAUGCUGAGCAGGCCUCAGCCCGUGCCAUCUUUAGAGUGAGCAUGAUGAUGGAGAGGCAUUUGGCUGUCAGAGGGUUUUAUAUACAAGAAGCAGACUUAACUGAGCCAGCCUCGGACACAGAGCACUUCCAGGACAGACAGAAGUGAAGAUAAGAGAGGAGAGCUGACAGUGAUGCUGACUCCUCAACAGCUUUUAAGACCAGGGAGCCAAAAACUACAGAGAGGUGUUUUUUUUUUUUUUUUUUGCUGACAUAUUUGGAGAUUUUUGAGGACGGUUGUGCUGUUUUGCUGAUUUAAUACCGAAAAACCACAAACAUCCACCUGGAUACAGCUGGGCUGAAGUGAUUGUCUAAAAGCCACAUGAAUGUGUCAAUCUUUGCAACACCUUUGAUUUUUGACAUGAUUUCCAGCUAUUUUAUCAAAAUCUCCAGAAACCUACAGUAUUAUUUUUCCCAUCACAAUAGACAAAGAAAACAACAAAUUCUUACACAUUAAAAGCAAAGAUCUGUAUAUGACCUCGUAACCCAAACUAGAAACAAGGGCUGUCUCAUUAUACCGGUAUUGAAAUUUUGUCACAGUCCAGCUUCAGCAAAAGGCGAGACACACAACAUAAGCUUUUAAACAAAUAAACAAGGAAAGGUUUUCCCUAAAAUCAAUAACUUGGCAUGAAGUUUUAACUCCAUACUUAUCUGAAUUAUCAUGAUCGUCAUAGCAGUCCUAUAUUGUAAAUAAAAUGUUGCAUGUUUUGAAACCUGAAGUCUUUGUCUCCUCCAUCCAGGUAAAGCCAGUGUGAAUGUACAGUGGGAUGACAACCCUUCAGAUGGUGCCCGCCAUGUGCCUGUACGGAUCGCCUUUGUCCUGGUGGUCCAUGGCCGAGCCGUGCGUCAGUUUCAGCGUUUGUUUAAAGCCAUUUACCAUACCUCACACUACUACUACAUCCAUGUAGACCAGGUGAGCCAAACAUGGAGUCUGUUCUUUCAGUCUCUGCUUCAAACACUUCUCACUUUGACUGAAAAUGAGUACCCUCUUGUUGUCUUCCGCAGAGGUCCAACUACCUCCACAGAGAGGUCCUGUCUCUAGCAAGUCAGUACUCCAACGUCCGGGUGACUCCCUGGCGGAUGUCCACCAUCUGGGGCGGAGCCAGCUUGCUGACUAUGUACCUGCGCAGCAUGGAGGACCUUCUGAAAAUGUCUGACUGGUCCUGGGACUUUUUCAUCAACCUGAGCGCUGCAGACUAUCCUAUCAGGUGAGUCAGUCACAGCAGAAAUCAAUCGCAGUGGUUUGAUCAGUUUUCUUUUUUCUCCAUGCGUUUUAAGUUGCAUCCAGGGGGAGUUUUUUUCUUAUCUAACCUGGCUGUAUUAUGAGUAUUUGAAGGGAUAUUCUGGCGAAAAAUUAAUUUAGGGUCAAACCCUAACAGUCCAUUACAGACUGCAGUGGGGUGACACAGCUCAAGAAAGAACAUUUAUGAUCAUUUCACUAUGGAAAUGCAAUCAGACCGAGACGCUAAGGCAGAAGAUCUACUGCGACUGCAGUGCAAAAUGAUUAAUAUGAUGAUUAUUACUUCAAGGAAACGAUAAAGAAAUUAUCAUAAAUGUUCUUCCUUGAGCUGCGUCACCCCCACUGCAGUCCAUAAUGGACUGGCCCGAAGUCUCGCUACAAAAAAGCGGCUGCUGGAAGAGAGUGAGUGAGUUGUGUUUAGUCUAUUUUGCUAAAGAAAUUACAUUCAUCUCUCGGGGGCGGGGGGGUGUCCAACUUGGUGUUACAGUGUGUUUGACCCUAACUUAAUUUUAUGCCGGAAUAUCCCUUUAAGGAGAUAAAAUUCUGAUAGGUGCAAAAUGUUUGAAUUACUCCAGCAGAUUCUUUAUCCUGCAGAUAUAAAAUCAUCAACAUUGUAUGUGACAUAAUCUGACUGGAAAAAAACACCUUUUUAUUAUUGUUUUAUAGCUUCAUUAUAGCGUUUUCUCCAAAACUACAAUUUUGCAGUAAACUGAAAUUUUGCCUCACAGAACAGGGGCAGAUUUGUUUCUUUAAAAAAAGGAACUUACAUUACAAGAAAAGACUAUUUCUAUCAUUGUCAGACUAUUACAAUAAUAAUUUGAUUCUGUCAGUGGUUAGAACAGUCUCACCGAUGCAGACUCUCCGUCAGUAAGAGUUUGGACUCUCUGUUGUUUCAUGUUUUGUAUCCUUUCCGGGCUUUUCUCUUCUUCUUCUUCUUCUCCUUUUUAUUUGUUAAAGAGGGACAGUGUACAUUAAUGAACAUUUUAAAAAGAUAAAAUGUAAAUGGACCCAAUUGUAGCCACAAGGCUAAUUUCCAUUGGUAGUCCCCCUGCCAGAAGGAACAUGGCUACCUAAAAAGGUGGGAAAUCAGCAACUACAUAAAAACAUACAUAAUACACAAUAUUUAAAACAUCAACAUAACCCACCCGAAAGCACACCAACCAACUAAUGGUAACAAGUUUGGUUUUCAAGUAACCACCUCUUCAAAUUUACUUUAAAUGCUCUGUAUGAAUUGGACUCUCUUAUGUUUUGUGGUAUUGUGUUCCAUCAUGCCAGGUUUCUUCUGAGCACACAUCGCAUUGAUUUGUUAAAACACUGGCAGCUAAUGACCACUAAACAGUGACCCUGCAGCCUGAUGAGCCUUGUUUGGUUUGUUUAAGGUUGUAUGGAUCAGGUUAUGUGGCCAGCAGGCUUGACGUGCAUCGACUCAGAACGGAUCUGGAGUCUAUACAACAUUUGAAUACUCAAGGGGAUCUGAGUUGUUAGGGAAGAAUUGUGAUUAUUGGAAAUAUUGACUGAUGAUUUACUCCCUGUAGCAGUGAAGAAAAAAGAUUGGUUAAUGAGGUGUUGUGUUUGUUUUAUUGAUGUGUUUAUCUGGUGCUGUUGUGUUUCUUCAGUCAGAUAGUCUCAGCUGAGUACACAGGUGUUCUUUGAGAAAUUGAGGACCUCUUUUAAGCUGUCUGUUGGUUUCUUUGGCUGCCAUACUGUGCAUGUGUUUCAAUUAGGCUACAGUCAGCUCCAGGAAGCAGCACCUGAUGUUUGAGCAAUGAAAUCAGAACAGUUGGACUGAUUUACUCUGGUCAAAUCAGGUGCAACAUUCAGAUUUAGGAUGUCAAGAAACCAGUUCUGAUGAAUUUACACAACUGUGAAGCCAAACCGUCAUGCCAAAUUGGGUCAGUAUUUUAGGAAAGAGCUUUGGGCUCCAACUUGCAGGGAGUUAACUUUUUAUUUGAUCCACUUCAUAUUUUUACAACUUUCUUAGUAGUUUCUUUUAAGAAAUUGGGGAAAAGUGGGAAAAUUCUUUUGUCAGUGUACUAGAAAAGUACCCAAGCAAGUUUGUAUAUUUAAACACCAAGAGAGAGAAACCCAAAAAAAUUUAGUUUAGAACAAUAAAGAGUAGAAAUAGUAUUUGGUGCUACAAACAUUGCCUUCAAUUUUCAAGCCCAGAGGUUGCUGCUUGUUUAAAAUACCUCCAGGGUAUUUAGGAACAUUAUCCAAGAGUAAAUGCAAAUUUAAAACUCUCAGUUAUGGUUAUGGGUUUGAUUUAUAGAGCUAAAUAAUGGUUUGAUUUUCAAUGGACCCUCAAGGUGUGCUUUAGCUGCGCACAGAUUUAUUAGCUUAGAUACAGUAAUGGGGUUAAACAGCUGUUCCUUUUCAAUAUAAAUGCUCCAAUUGUAUUUAAAGUUGAUGCCAAGUUUAGUUUUUGGCUGUAUUCUCAGCUUACUCCAAAAUCUGCCGUCAACCCCAGCUUUUGAUCUUGGCCAACUUUACCCCAACCAAAUUAAUCCUGUAACGAUGUAUAUCAAAUCUAAAAGGGCAACAAUGCAACUUUGGUAUCUUUCUAUUCUUGUGAGGGCUUCUCACAAGGUUAAAAAUACAAGAACACAGACACACACUGAUCAGCUCUCUUCUGUCCUCCCAUCAAAGUGACUGAACACCCUCCCAGCUAAAAUCCAUAGAGCAGCCAGGCACAGCAUUAACACAACCAUCAAUAGCCCUGACAUCAUGAGGGUACACGGAGAGUGAGUCAAUGGAACUGUGUGUGUGUGUGUGUGUGUGUGUGUGUGUGUGUGCGUGCGUGCGUGCGUGCGUGCGUGCGUGCGUGCGUGCGUGCGUGCGUGCGUGCGUGCGUGUGUGAUUUAAUAGCUUCUGCAUCUUUCUUUGUAACUGUCAGGAGAAGGUCAUGUGUACUUUUGAAUAUUAAAUCAAGUAUGUGAGUUAAUUUCAACCCCCGUGAACUGUGACAUAUUUAAGGAUAUUCAAAUAUUUAAAACCUAUAUUUGUGUACAAACACUGAUUUGCUGCCACAGCUACAAUAAACUGUGAAGGCCAAUGAUGCUGUUAAACCUCAUCUGUGAAUGUAAAGUAGCCACAGCCACAGUUUAAUUAGUCCAACUCAGGACAUAGACAAUCAUAUUGCAUCCUAUCUUAUUGUUACAUAUCAUAUUUAAUUAUAUUUCACCAUACCACAUAGUAAUGUAGUGUACUGUAUUAUAUUGUAUCACUUGUAAUAAAUUCCAAUGCAUUUUAUGAUAUUUUGGCAUAUCGUGGCAUACUAUAUAAUAUAGUACUGUAUUAUGUCCCUUUUUCCAGUACCAUAUAGCAUUCUUCUGGGUUGCAUCAUACCCAUAUCAAUUUUUUACCAAACCUCAUCAAAUUGUAUUGUUUCAUAUUUACAGCAUGGUAUUAUAUCCUAGUGUUUUAAUAAAAUAUGUUUUGUACCAUGCUGUAUCGUAUCGUAUCAUAUCAUAUAUCAUAUCAUAUCGUAUUGUAUCAUUUCAUAUCAUAUCGUAUUAAAUCGUUUCAUAUCAUAUUCUAUUAUAUAGUUUCAUAUCGUAUCGUAUUGUUUCAUAUAGUAUCGUAUCGUUUCAUAUCGUAUCGUAUUAUAUCGUUUCAUAUCGUAUUGUAUUGUAUCGUAUCGUUUCAUAUCGUAUUGUAUCGUUUUAUAUUGUAUUGUAUCAUACCGUUUCAUAUUGUAUCGUAUUGUAUCGUUUUAUAGUGUAUCGUAUCAUAUCGUUUCAUAUCGUAUUGUAUUGUAUCGUAUCGUUUCAUAUCGUAUUGUAUCGUUUCGUAUUGUAUCAUAUUGUAUCAUUUCCUAUCGUAUCGUAUAUCGUUUCAUAUCGUAUUGUAUUGUAUUGUUUCAUAUCGUACCGUUUCAUAUCGUAUCGUUUCAUAUCGUAUUGUAUUAUAUCGUAUCAUAUCCUGUUGUUUCGUUUUGUAUCAUACCAACCAAGUCACAUUGAAUGGAACUGUAUUAUGUCGUAUCACCUCUGUACUGGUAGACAUAUAGCUAGCUCAUGACUAACUCAUGCGUAAAGAAAAAGGAUUCACAAUCCAGCAACCCUCAAGAUAAUAGAGCUCUGUUUUGAGUUGAUUUGACUUGAGUUGAUAUGACAAAUUAUAGGGCCACAUUUAUGACACUGAAUCAAAAAUAGAGUAGUCACUUCUUAAGAAAAUAGUAAAUGUCACAAAGCAGCUCUUCUCCAGUAUAGGCUCUGUCUCUUGAGCAGGCUUUUAAAAGCUAUGAUUCUUACUCGGUGUGGUGUCAGGGUGGUGGUGUUUGAGGGAUAGUCGUUACUUAGUUCGGGGUAAAUAAUUCGUCAAUGAGAAGGACCAGAUGUGAUAUAUGACCAGAUGUACACUCAAAAGCCCUGUGAACGCAGUCGCCCCAAUGAGAUUUAAAAUGUGUGUGAGUAACUGAUGAACACAAACAUGCCCACGAACACACAUAUGCAUGCCUGCGGUUCAUCUUAACGACUGUAAUCAGAUGUGAUCAAAGCCAUCCGUCUGUCUGUCUGUCUGCUGUCCUGUCUACUAAUUAGUGCAACACCAGCGCUGAGUCGUACAUGUGCUCACAGCUUAGACAGCAUGCAGGGAGUGGCUGUGUGAAUGUGCUGCUGCCUCUGCUGCAGGCCACACACUGCAGUUUGACUGUUUUCCCUCUGUCGGAAGAGGAAGUCACAUAAACCGGUCCAGCUGUCCUAAACACAGCAACAGGGAGUUCCUUUAGACCCCUUUUAAUAGAGGAUUGUUUUGCAUUGUUUGAAAGGACAUGCAUUGGUUGAUGUCAUCCUGUUUAGACGUGUUCCCAUUCAAGGGUAAAGUCCUCUCUUAAACAGUGCUGUAAAAAAUACUGUCUUCGUCUGACUGUGUCUUUUUCUUGCUCUUGUAGCCUGGAACAGACCACCAUACAGUAGAUGCUCCUUCAGUGGUUGAAAAGUUGCAGGCAGGCCAGUUUAGCACCCUGACUCUUGCUGAAAUAUGCAAGUCUCCCCUUAAAAGGUGUUAUCCUAAUGGCAGGGUAGGUUACCAGUGUAUGUUCUCCUAAUGCUGAAAUCCCUAAAUUCUUUACAAUUCCAAACAAAGGAAAGUCACUCUGAAACGGCUGCUCGUGCAGUCUCUCACAGAGCAGUGAACCUCUUCCAAAUGUACUUCUCAGAGACUCAGUCUCUCUGGGAUUGUUGGGAGUCAUGAGAUGAUCCUGAAAAGACUUUUAGAGCUUCAUUAAUUGAUGAACUUGGUGUGUCUAGGACGAAUGUGACCAAUUGUGCUAAAGUACUUUGAGUGGUCAGAGGACUGAAGAAAGCACCAAACAAGUAUGACCCAUCUAUUAUUUAACAGUUUAAUUUUGGCAACUAUGGUCCUAUUUAAGGUUUAAAAAAGAGACAACUGAACUGUUUCUGCUGAAAGAAUUAAUGCAGGGUGUUCUCCAGAAUAUGGGUUACAUGACUCAAUUUGAUACAAUACAAUAAAACGUGACACUGUAGGACACAUAAUAAUGUCAUACAUUACAUUACAUUACAAUAAAAUACAGAACAAUAUGACACAAUACAACACAGUACUGUACAAUACAGUUGAAUACAAUACAGCCUGUAACAUCAAGAAAAUCUUUCAUAGGCUAAAGUCCUGUUCUCAGCUGCCACCACAAUAUCAGCAAUAAAAAAUAAAACAACAAACUUCACAGAUGCUGAAGGUUAGUUUCUGUGGUGUCAGAUCUGAAGUUGAUUUACUUAAUCAAUGACUGACUGCUCUUGUCUUCCUGCAGGACCAAUGAACAGCUGGUUGCUUUCCUGUCGAAGUAUCGCAACAUGAACUUCAUCAAGUCUCACGGGAGAGACAAUGCAAGGUAUGCAUGAAAGGUUUUGAUUUUAAAGAAAAGGGAAUAAAUCAGUGGAUUUUUAACUCAGAUUAUUGAAAUUAAAGUAUUACCAUUCAUACCAGAAGUCUUUCAGAAAACUAUGAUAACUCUGUAGACCAUUUCUCAUGACCUACAUUUUCAGUGUUAUUCUUAAAAAAAUGCUGUGAACAAACGUAGUUUUUUUUCAUUUAUUCCACAAUUACAAUUCCAAGUCUCAUUUGGACCAACAAAUACAUUUGAAAUUUCACAGAGUUGGAGAAGGAGGUCUUAAAAAUUAAAAAAUAGUCUUCUAAGCAGUCAAAGUUUUGUUUUCAGUUAGAACAAAUUUAGUCACAAACACACUCAGAGUCCAGAGUGCUGUUUAACAAUAUAGGAAUUCAGAGUUAAAAAAAUAUGGUUAUUCUUUCUCAAUUGAUCUAAGCCAAAUGUACAUAAGUGAAAAGGAUUCGUGCAAUUACAGGCUAAAUCUUGAAUGUCUUUCGUCCUCUCAGAUUUAUCCGAAAGCAAGGUCUGGACCGCCUCUUCCUCGAGUGUGACACCCACAUGUGGCGUCUUGGGGACCGCAAAAUCCCAGAGGGCAUUGCUGUGGAUGGAGGCUCCGAUUGGUUUCUGGUAAACCGGCCCUUUGUGGACUAUGUGGUGAACUCCCAGGACGAGUUGGUCAGCAACAUGAAGCGCUUCUACGCCUACACACUGCUGCCAGCUGAGGUAACACCCACAUAAGCACAUGCACUGGAGUAACCCUUGAGAUACAUUGAAAGUACAGGGUGAGUGUUUGGUGGUUUCUGUGAAGAAGAACUUGAAUACCAUCUAGGAAUUUUAGGGUUUUGACUCCAUGAUUUAAGAUGUUAUAUUCCUGAGUAAAAUUCAAACAACUUUAAUCUUUAAAUUGAAGAUUAUCUGAUCCUAGCUGAAGGCUGGAUUCAGGCUCGAUUACAGAGACUAAGUGUCAUAAAAAUUUGAAGCCUGCCAACCAAUACAUAUCACAAAAAAAAAAAUAAUCAGUGGCCUUUUUUUUAUUAUUUGCUCUUAGAUGCAAAACUGCUACUCUCACAAAGUAAAAACAGUAAAUUUUAGGGUUACAGAAAUAAGUAGAUUGAAGAAAUUUUGUUCCCUUAAAAUAAUCCAACAAAUAGCAUCAAUACCAAACAUAAAUAUUCACAAUGCAGCAACAUUUUUGUGGAUUUUAGUACCUCUUGUGGGUCAGGUUUGUAAAAUUUUGUCUCACCUAUAGUUCUGAUAGUCUAGAUUUGAAGUCUAGUCUUGAAAAAUCAGUUUCCAAAUCUAACUGAUUCUGUCCGGUUUUUCUUGUAAAACUCGGACAAAAAGUGUCUGUUUUACAUGAAAAUUUGGAUCUCCGGUCUCUUAGCAGCAUCUCUUAUCCUGAUAAAAGAAUGGAGAUCCACCCUCACUAGACCAGGAUGUCUGGACUGACUGAGAAUAAACUUUUUUUGUAACCUUAUAAUUUCACCAAAAUAGAUUUUAAAAUCUUCACAAACAAAUUAGCAGAGUUUUUCCUCUUUUCGUUCCUCUUUUAGUUUUUGAAAAUAUUUACUGUAAUUGAAAGUGAUACAAUGUGCGCAAUUGUGGAUUUAUAGUCUAGCAGUUAUAGUAAAUUGCACAGUGAGAUGUGGCCUCGGUUUACACCUCAAAUUCCAAGUGUCAUCUAUAAAAAAUCCACACUACACCAUCAACUCUUAAAUUUUUACAUGCCCACACAACAUGAGUCACGUUGGUUAGAUAAGAAAUCUGUCUCUUUUUUCCGAGUGUCAUACUAAUUCUGGUCAGCUCUGCUGUAUUUCAGAGAGAAUAGCUUAGGUAAAUGAAAAUGCACCUAAAUAGAGAAUAUCUGAUAUCGAAAUAUCUCAUAAAUGUUCCUUUUUUUUUCUGGUACGUCUCUCACAGUCAUUUUUUCACACUGUACUGGAGAACAGUGUCCACUGUGAGACCAUGGUGGACAACAACCUUCGUCUCACCAACUGGAACCGUAAACUGGGAUGUAAAUGUCAGUACAAGCACAUAGUGGACUGGUGUGGCUGCUCUCCCAACGAUUUCAAGCCCUCUGACCUGCCGCGCUUCCAGGUGAGACUUUUGAAUCUUCAGUUUAUCUUAGACCCAUUUUUUUUUCACUUAGACUGAUGUAAACAAUGAUGUGUUUAAUUACUUUGUCCCUCUGUGGGUGAAAAUGAGCAGGAUUUGGUGUUUUCUGAUUGCAAAAGUUGCAACUUUGCUGUUAAAGUUGCAAGUUGCUGUUUUUGCAAAAGGAGUCAAUCUUUGAAAAGAGCACUGUAACAACCUGAUCAGAAAAAAAUGCUUGUUGGUCUUGAUCCUUUCUAAAAUCUUUAGGACUUUUUUGCAUCAGCAAGAAAAGUCUUCUGCGUUUUUUUUUACAGCUGGUACUAUGAAUAAUAGUUACAACUAUCUCCUUUAUCAUGGGGUCAUAUGACUGUCGGCUUCAGCUCUCUGUUCUGUCCUCCAUUCCCUCUCAGGUCCUCAGUGGCUACAGACCAGAAUAGCCUUGUAUUCACAAAUUAGCAGUGCCGCUUUUACUUACACAGGCGGUGCUGUGGCUCCCUGUAACGACAGACCUGGAGACAGCGUCUGUGGUCGAGCUACUGAUGGUUUCUAUAAGAAGAGCUGAUCCUGGAAACAGCUGUACACUUCAGGGAGUUAGUAUUUUUAGAGCUUUGUAGCUAGCUGCCGCUGAGGGUUUAUAAGGUUGUCAUUAUCAUAAUGUCGGGGUUUGCCAGCUAGAAAGGCGGCUCAGAGACCUAAGUGUAAGGUCAGGAACACAUGUACAGAAUAUACAGUAAAAUGCCUGCACCGUUUCCAUCUGCCACACAAGCUUUGAUGUUGCUGUUGUGCUUCGUGCUGCAAAUGACCCAAAAGACACUUAAAGAUCCUCACCAGUGUCUAGACUGAGAUGCAAAAUAAAUCAAAAUUGAAGAUAAACCACAAAUAAAAAAAAUUGGCAUACAGUUUGAACAACGCCUAUGCGAUUUGAGUCUGCUUGAAAAAGUUUCAGGAUUUAUCCUGUUUUUGAGGAAACUUCAGUAGAAGAUCAAAAAGAAAAAACUAAGCAGCAACUUUUAGCAAUUAAAAAUGAACCCAGCAGGGGAGUGCCAAAAAAAUGCAUUGCCUCAAGGGUCCCCUUUAUGCCUGGCUGCAAAAGCCCAAGAGACCCCAUCAGAGUCUAUAUUAAAAUGUUUAUGACUCAUCUAUGGGAAUACUGUAGCUGUAUGCCAGUCACCAUGGUUUGGGCCUCAGCUCCACUUCUUUGCCAAUUUCUAAAUAAGCCGAAUGUUAUUGGUCAGCAUUUCCAAUAUGGUGACUGCUAUCAUUAGGCUUCAGAACGUCUCUUCAGAAACCAGUGGCUGAGGUCACAAAGGUUUAUACAGGCUAUGCGAAAAUAGCAGAGCAUAGAGUCUGAAUUUGCUUAAACCCUGUAAAUCAAAGAGACAGAAAAUGGGGAAUGAGUAAGUGUUGACCACACACUGUAUCAAACAUGUCUCAGAGAUGUCACCCAUUGGUCACCCUCUCUGAAGUACACUUUUGUAGCCUAUAAAUGGCGCUCACUGCCUUGGAAAUGCUCGCUCAGCCUGUCACUCAACCUUGCAAGAAGCAAACAGGUGGAGGUAAGGCCAACCUUUAGUCGCCAAGGUAACAGCUACUGGUGGAUCCCCUGCCUGUCAAGUUAGCCGUACUCCCAAUCAUGCAAAAUCUCAUUACAUUUAUUUCUCCAAAACUUGGUUCUAAAUACAUUUACUGUUGUUGUAAAAAUGUUAGUCAUCUGUUGUAGUUAAGUUGUGUGUGUUUAGGUGUUGGACUGCUAGUUGUAUCCAUCAAACUGUCAUGUGUUGCCCUGUUGUCUGGCUCCUGUUGCGAGUUUUGGACAUAAGAGGUUGUUUGAGAGUUAAAUUUGGUAAUUUAUGACUGUUAUGUUGAGCAGUUUCUUGAACAUUAAUCAAAAUAUUUGAAAGAUUGGUCAAUGAUUUUAAAAAAUGGCCAGUUUCAGCUCAAGUGCAAAUAAAAGUGAAACAAGCAAAAAGGAAUCCAAAGCAGAAUGUCCUGUAAAAACCUGUUCACUGUUGGCUCUGUGAAGCCUGAAAAGCUUCAACAAGAGAGCAGCUGUUUGGAUCAUAUUUGGCUGACCUCCUUCUGGCAGCGCAGGAACGUACAGUAAAGACACGGCUCCGCUCUGAUCCAACAAUAAAGGAAACUAAAACGCCUCCCGACCCUGUAACUAGUGGUUUGCUCUGUUGUCUUAAGUUGUGUGAGGACGCAGAUUGUUGGGUAACAGUCCCAGAAUAAGCUCACAGAUUGAACUGACUCCACUGAAGCCUGGUCACUCCUAACUAUGAUGAGGUUUCCCUGAAUUACUGGAGCUGUCAGAGGCCACCAAGAGCUCUGGUUUGGGAGGUCACGCCCUCCUGAUGACAUCAUCAACCUCGCCUUUCCGCUGUGUGUGUGUGUGUAUGUGAGCUGACUAAGGUCCUACAUAAAUCAGCACAGCAGUUAGGCCACCCUAGUCAAAAAGUCUGGAUGAGGUCAAACGCGUCGUUUCUCAAGGUUGUGUGUAAGUAAGAGUGGUGUUUUAAGAUAUGGUCUGGAUUAAGUAUGAGACGAAAGUCUAAAACUCAGGGCUGACAUGAUUCCUCAAAUAUCUCAAGUACCUGGUCAUAAAAAACGCCUUGAGGCAAAUGAAUCCUCUCUAGCCUUUGUUAAAAUCCAGACCUACGGUCCACCUUCAGAUUGUGAAAAGGUGACACGAAGGAGUGUUUUCAUGCCGCUUUUGUUGCACUAACUUGACAAAUUGUGCUCAGUUUUUGAAACUGGUGAGAUGAUGGACUCAAAUUGAUGAUCCUUGGUCAGUUAAACAUGAAGCAGAUUGACUCUGAGCAGAUAGUUGAGUUCAGGAUUGGGACAUUCUUAUUGUUAGCCUGAAAUGCUGGCUUUCAGUUCCCAUUAUGGACUGCUGCGGGGUGACGCAGCUCAAGGAAGAACAUUUAUGAUCAUUACUUUAUAAUUUCCUUGAAGUAAUAAUCACCAUAUUAAUCAUUUUUCACUGCAGACGCGGUAGUUCUUCUGCCUUACCGUCUCGGUCUGAUUGCUUUUCUUUGAAGAAAUGGUUAGAAAUGUUCUUCCUUGAGCUGCGUCACCCCGCUGCAGUCUGUAAUGGACUGGCCCGAGGUCUCGUCGCAAACAAGCGGCUGCUGGAAGAGAGAAGGUGAGUUGUGUUUAGUCUCUUUGCAAAAGAAAUCAGGCAAAGUUAAAAAGAUGUUUGGUGGCUAGUGCUAUGGCUGGGACCCUAUAUGUACUGUUGAUGAAGUUAGGUGCUGUUCUGAGCAUUAUUUGUGGCUAUAGAGUGCCGUUUUGGUUGAGGUUUGUUUAUGGCUCCUCAGACCACUGUGUAUUGCUAUCAUGUGGUCAUUACUAAAGUUGGUUUAACUGGAGAAGCAAGCAGUCGGCAACAUUCAUCUCUCGAGGGGGUGUCUAACUCGGUGUUCGGUGUGUUUGACCCUAAAUUAAUUUUACACCAGAAUAUCCCUUUAAGUGUAGCCAUCCAACACAAGCCAGAGGGUUUAUGGCUACUUCCAUAGUUUUAUAAUGCACUGCAGCGUGUCAGUAUUUUGAUCUAGAAAAUGAAGAAAAAAAAGUUGUGUCAGGUUAAACUGGCAAAUAACCACUCAGUUUAUGUUGGCAUUAAGCUGCACGGAGGACCGAAGGCUGGUGGUGCUUACUCUGCUAUUGUUAGUUACACUUCAGUUUAAAGUAUUGGGUAACUGGUUUCCCAGAAACUUCCCUUGAAGUGAUCACAGUUUCUGACAUCUUCCCCAAACGCAAUGAAGGUCUUUCUGCUCUGCUGAGGUAGUAAAAUGAUCUUUGUGAAUUUGAGUAACAUGGGUAUGGAGCAGAGUUUGACCUGAGAUUUGUGUCACAAACAGUACUGACGUACUGAAGCUCUGAGGCUGCUUUAUGUCUUUGAUCCAGAUCAGAUUAACAAGUGGUCAUGCAGGUAUGUUAGAUGAAAACACCAGAGAGUGAAAAGCACUAUUCAUGAACCCUUCAGGCAAAAAUUCACCUCCCACAGUGACUGCCCAACCCUCAGAGGGGGCAAAAUUCACCAAAAUGCUGAACUUUACUCGAGGACUGUUCUUGGUUAUGAUCUAAAGUUGUGAUUUAACCACAUUUUCUUGAUUUCUUUUCUCUAAAUCUUAUCUUAUUUCAAGUUUUAUGUGUCUCGUUAUCUCCAUCUCAUUUAUUUGCCUAAAAAAACAGCAAACUCUUCUAUCAGUGAAAUGAUUCAUUUUUAAUGGGUUUCUUGAAAAUGUCUUUCUUUUUUUUCUGACUGUAGCAAGCAUCCAGACCCACCUUCUUUGCCAGGAAGUUUGAGGCCAGUGUCAGCCAAGAGAUAAUCAACCAGCUGGACUCAUACCUGUUCGGGACAUACCCCUCAGGCACCCCAAGCCUCCAGGCCUACUGGGAAAACAUCUACGAGCAAGAGACAGACGGCCCAGCCAGCCUAUCAGACUCCAUGCUCAGCCACUACCACGCCUUUGUUCGAAUGGGACUAUCCCGCGCCGCCAGCUCGCUGCAGGGACAUCCCAACGGCAACAGCUGCAGGUAGGAGCUCAUGAACAAAACAGAGAUUAAGAGAUGGAUUCUGGUGUGCUAGUUCUUUUAUUCAACUUUAAACUAGUAACUACAAAUUAUCAGCAGUGAAGCCUCGAGUCAGUUUAGGCUUCCUAAGAAGUGACAGUCCUCACCUGUGAGUGUGUGAGGUAUCUGCACACAUUAAGUUGUUGUGUAAGUGAAUUUGGGUUUGCAGAGUAACUGCUGAGUCACUGUCUGAAGAGAGCAAGAAGGUUUGGCAGAUAAAUGUGUCUCUCCACUGCAUUAACCGCCGCCUAUAUUUGCGAGUCUAAAUUAAAUACAAAGAUAACGUUAGCUUGUCUCAGGAUACAAUCAGGCUUCAGUGUCGGCUCAGACUGGAUUUUUCCAGCUGUGUGUGUGUCGGGUGGAGACCCGCAGUAGGUACAAGGAGGUACUUGUUGGAGUUUUGGUGGGGACUGGUGGCUGCAAUGGGUGGGGGGAGAAACAUUAUGGGAAAAGUGUGUGUGUGUGUCUGAGUGUGAGAGAGUGAGUGCGUGUGAGGGGGGGAAGGGGAGGGAGCUGAAACAGGACAACUCUGUUCUCUUUAACCUGCGAUUUUAGUCUUGCAACAUCUCAGAUCAUGUCAGAGCCAAUGUGGACACAUUUAAAAAAUACCACCUACAUGUUGGUUUGAGCAGCUUCGGAUAGUUUCAUUUAAAAAAACUUCAACACCAAAAACUUCUCACAGUAGUGCUGUUUUGAUGAAUUUUGAUCAUUUUCAAAAUAUUGCAUUUUAUUGUACACUGCAGCCAGUGAAAUGUUUUGGCGUCACUACUUGUCAUGAACCACAUUACCAGGGAAUCCAUCGAUUAGUUUGGCUUCAGUCCAGCCAAAAAGCAGCAGAUCAGUCGAUAAACCUGGCUUUUCAUGGAGCCGUGCUGUCAGAGCGGCUAAAAAUAUGCGACCCUAAAAUCAUAUCACAGACGGGGUUUUACUGGUCAGACAGUUAUCUGGGUUUUUUGUCGUGUUCCAAAACUAGUUCAUUGUUAACUGGGUCAAACCACCAAAGUAACCUGUGGAGUUCACUAAACUCAAAACUAGUACUGCAGAAGAAACUUUAUAUUUCAAAUGUUCUCUCUACAGAUUAAGUGUCCUGGCAUGAAAAAGCUCAUCAUGCUGAAUGUAAAACAAGGCCAGCAUUUUGUCUCUUUAUUUUACUUAGAAGUUUUUUUUUCCCUGUCUGAUUUAUCUAGAUCAAAACAUGCUGCUAUUACUUAAAAAAAGAGAGCCACUAUUCCCACAGGAUCCUCAGAAGGACAAGCAUUUACAGUAAAGUGACAAGUAACAUAAAAGACACACAUUUUUAUAAAUCAAUAGCAUCACUUUGCUGUUCCACAUGUCCACUCAGGAUUAAAAACAGAGCUUUUAACAAACAGAGGGACAGUUUAUCAUGACAAAUAUUUAAUGACAGAGCUGUUUUUAAAUAGCGUCUCUUCUCGGACCGCCAGUCCCCUGUGGUCUCCUGACAAUGUAAAAGCUUUGACACACUUUUUUAAUCAUUGCAGCGCAGAAUGAAACCAGAGAACUUUGUGAUAAAAUUUGGAAACAGAAACACACCUCGAGUUCCAGUAAAAAUGUGUUCACACAGACUGUGUUUUUUGCCUUUUACUUUGUUUAAAACCUGUUUUUCAUGGUUUCUCUCUGAUAGGAUUAUGAUCGUCUCUGUGCAUUAACGUCUGCACCUGAAUUCAGCGUCCACUUUCUUGCAGUGGUAGUAAGCGUACAGUGUCUAUGUGUCUCUUUCAGGUAUGUUGCCAUGAGCCACCCUGUGUCAGUCCACCUCUACUUCCUCUCAGACCAGUUUCAAGGCUACCUAGUGCGUCAUGUGGCCACUAACCAAGCAUCUACCCAGCUGGAGACCCUGGAGACCUGGGUGACACCCAAAGACCACUUCACCCUGGCUAGUCCUGUCUACCCUAACAACAGGCUGCAGCAUGUCCAGGUAAACCCAUACCCCAACACACUACUCAAUAUCACAUAUUCAAGAAGCUGUUUUCACACAUUUAUUAAGGAGAAAACAGAGGACGGUUGUUUUGUUUUUUGUUUUUUUUGGCUGUUCAUUAUCAGGGAAAUUUAGUCAGCUGGAAAUGCAAACAUUUGAAAUCAGUGUUGUGAAAAUACUUCCGUCACAGCCCCAUCCACCCAAGUGUAAUGUUUAUUUGUACACAGUGCUCUGUUGAAGGUCACUCUCAUGCAUAGACCUGUGGUGUUUCUCAAUGGUGUGUUAUUACAAAGUUAUACUGCCACCUACCAGCCUGCCAUACAUAACCUGGCGUUUUCAGUCCCGGUUGUGGAUCCAGAUGCAUGUAGAUUGUUUUCCCAGAUGUCCGCCAUAUGAUUGUGGGUUAUUUUUAGAGAGCAAAUGACAGACUUUUCUGUUUUUUAAUGGGCGUAUUCUCAUCUUAAUUUAAAUCCAUUUAUUUUUGACUGUUGGAUGAUCACAGUUGUGCAUAUUUUAUAUGAAGUGUAUUUCAAAGAUCCUUGUGGAAUCUUCUCUUUGUGAUGAUUUCGGCGUCCUCUGUGAGCCAAAUGUUACCUCUUCCUUUCUUCGCUGAUCUUGUUUGUUGCGUCUUUUUGUGAUUUUUAAUGCCUCAAAUUGGUUCGAGGGGGUAGGUGUCAGCCAAGCAGCAAAAGAGAAAACCAUGUUUUAACAUUUUCGAUUUUUCGUCAGAGGACACUGGUUAAGCAAGUAGAGGUCAAGAUGAGGAAUGAGUGUUCUUAGGCGGACCUUCGAGUUAUUUCAUUUUCUUUAAAUGUACAAAUUGUUGUUCAGUGGGAAUCUUACUAUCCUUUUGCUGAACAUCAGAAAGAGCGCAGGUUGAAGACCUUCUACAUUGGCCUCAUGAGUCUGCAUCCACUUUUUUUUAUAUAGUUUUUGAUUCAAAUAUAAACAUGUGAGCAAAUGUACAAUUCCUCUAAACAAAUCUUGCCAAAUGUCCCAAAACAGACCAGUAAGGUGCACACCUUUCAAUUUGAGACACCAUAGUGAUGAGACUGAUGUAGAAACUGCCUCUCUCCUUUAGGUUGGGACUGACUGGGACCCUAAGGAGCGUCUUUUUAGGAACUGGGGAGGUCUGGUCGGGCCAGAAGACGAGCCAGUGGCCGUGCAGCGCUGGAGCCGCAGUCAAACCAACCUGACUGCCACGGUGGUCUGGAUCGACCCCACAAAUGUCAUCGCCGCCACCUAUGAUAUCCUGGUGGACGCUUCCGCUGAGGUCACCCACUACCGACCACCUCUCACGCUGCCGCUGAGACCCGGUCUGUGGACGCUGCGAGUGCUGCACCACUGGAACCCACUCGGCCAGACCAGCUUUGUUGUCGCUCCACUGGAGUUUCACCGACAGCAGCCGAUACAGCAAGGUGAGCAAGGUGCACUUCUGCAAAAACAAUCAAAGAAUUUAUUUUGCGUUGGGUGUUUGGGUUUGCAACCUUCUGUUGCACAAAUUGCUGUCAUGGCAAGAAUCAAGGUGCAGCAAUGUGCAUCCCAGAGAAUAAGAUGUCAGCAGCCAAAAUAUCAAACUUGAGGCAUCAGAUGAGACUCAGUCAGUCAGAAAAAAAUAAUAAUCUGUUGAUCUUCUUAUGGAAUUAAGCUUUUAAAAAUGGUGUCUAUGCAAUGACACAUGUAAAGAAAUAUUCCCUUAUCAGCUGUUUUCAAAAAUGCACCUGUUGAAUCCAUAUGUGAGAGUGUUGAGGGGUUUACUGUGGCUCAUAUGUCAAUCACACAUCUAAUAUUAAAUUACACACACACAGGCAGAAGAGGCCCCUACUGUCACAGCUGUCAGCACCAUGCAUACAUGUAUUUAUAGUGUCAGUAUCCAGUCACUCAAUCACGCACACCCAGGGUCACCUCUGUCUGAAUUAUCCCCCCUCCCCUGGGUUACUGUUUGGUUUGUUUGACCUCUGCAGGGCUCAGCGUAUGUUUAUGCAUGAGUGUUUAUGUGUGUUUGGGAUGGAGAGAACUCUAAGUUAAGACCAGUGCAUGAAUAGACUGUGGUUUAUUAGCUGGGGUCACAAAGGGAAGUGGACAUGUGAUGUAAUCUGAUCACAGUGUGGGUUUGUGUCAUUGUUUUCUUCCAAUGCACUUGUAUCCACACUGCAAAAACUCUAAAUAAAGCCAGUGUUUCUGUCUUAUUACUGGUUAGAAAAAUUUUAAUUCACUUAUUUUUAUCAUCAUUGAUCUGGCAAGUCUAGAGAAAUAUCUUAUUUUAAGAUAUUGCAAGCCAAAAAUGAGGCAUGAAUUGCUUGUAAUAUGCAAAAAAUGUUUCUAAGUAGAAAUGUAUUGGUUUAAGUUUAUCAAAUUAAAGCAUUUUUCUGACUUCUAGAAAAAAAUAAUUAUACUUAACUGGGAGAUUUUUGUUACUUAAUCCAAACGAUUCAGGUUUAAUAUUUUGUUCAUAAUAUAUUCAAAUGCUGUUUUUUUACUUGCCAGGUCAGCGUGGCUUUUUAGUCUAAUGAGAUUAUUUGUUUUCACUGGAAAUGAGACAAAAAUUCUUGCUUUGCUUUGACUUUUUAUAGUAUAUUCUUAUGCCUAAAUACUCAAGUUGAUCAUUCUCUCUGAACCACCCAAACUGAAAAAUUAUUAGUGAAAGAAAACUAACUGAUUUUUUUCCCAAAAUUUGUGACAAAUGUUGGGUUAAAAUGAAUAAUUCUGGCUUACUUUUCAUAAAAAGUAUUUUCAUUCUGGAGUUUGAUCCAAAAAUACCAGAAAAAAACUUUCAUCUGAAUAAGAACAGAGCAAAUAGGUGAAAAAAAAGGGCGUUUUGGUGGUUUGAGGUUUAAAUGGCCAAAAUGUUUACCAACAGAGGUGUUAAACUGUUAUUUCAGUAAACUUUUCUUACUGCAUGUUAUCGCUCUCAUGGAUUAUGUUCAAGAUACUGCGGUCAUGAUAUGGCUGCAGACUUUGUUGAUUCACUGGAUUAAAUCUAAAACCAGUCUGAGCCCAAUGGGCAUCUCAGAACCAAAAAAGGCUGGGACAGGUUCAGAAAUACCAAAUUCCCCUAAAUAAUAUCAACACUAGGAAUAUUUGAGCCAGGAAGUCUACAUAACAACAUAGUCCAGGCCUAAAAACUUGGUUCUUAAUGUGAAAUUGAUUCAUUCUCAUUGAAAUUACAGAGAGCUUUUUGUGAUGGUUAGAGGAUGUUAAAUUUCUUCUUCAUCUCUUCCUCUUUUGUGCUCUUCCCCAUUUUCUGGGAUCCAGAGGACGCCCUCCGGUUGCAUGGUGGUCCAGCAAGAAACUCCUACAUGGAGCAGAGUUUUCACGGUCUGAACCCAGUGUUGCGGCUGCCGGUGAGCCUGGGCGCUGUGGAGGAGGCCGAGGCCAAUGCUGGGCUGACGGGGGCGCCACUUCAUCGCUGGUUGGACCGUAUGCUGGAGGGCCACUGGUCGGCCUCAGACGUCUGUUCGAUGGGACCCAGUGCCUGUCCUGUCAUGCAGCGUUGUCCUCAAACAGUCUGGAGCUCCUCCAGCCCAGAUCCUAAGUCUGAACUGAGUCCACCCAGAGAGGACGGACGGAUAAGGUAGCAGACGGACGGACUGAGGGAGGGAUAAAUGAAGGAAGGCACGGUUGUGUCUGGUAUUUAUUUAUUUAAAGAGUGCAGAGUGAAAGUGAAGGUGAAUGGAUGGACCAGAUCUGCAGGCAGCGAGGAGGAGAAGAAGAGAAACAGACUUCAAAACUGAGCUACAAAUAUCCUCCUCAGUCCUCUCAGUCUGCUGCUCUCACUGUCAUUUGGACUACAUAGUGUGUGUUUGUGUGUGAGAGUGUGUGUAAGAAGAACUUUUUACCUCUUAAUACCAGUAUUUUCUUGGAUGGAGGUAUGAAAGUGUGUUUGACAUGUUCGGAUUCUAAGAACAGACAUGGUUGCUCAUUUUUGGGCCCUUUCGAAACUGUUAUCCGGGCCUCAAUUUGAUGCAAGGAUCCCCCUGAACCCGUGACCCAUAACUCACAGCUCUGUGUGGAAGAAAAAAGUUGUGACAAAAAAAUAUCCUGACAUGUAUUCAGUUAAAAAAAACUUGAACUUUGAAAUGAAUUUUUCCCAAACCAGACCAAACUUCUUGCAGUAUUUCAGACACUUUGUUUGACAUAGGUUGUCAAUUUUUAGUGUGAAUGAAACAGGAUAUUUCUCUGGAUUAUUUGCAGAGCUUCACCUAAGCCAUAAAGAUAAGAUAAGAAGAACUUUAAUCCUCAAAAUAUAUCCCUUAAAGAGAAGACAUCAUGAUCUUGGUUCUCCUGAGAUGUUGAAGUGUUGUCCGGUUAUUUUGAGAUGAUAUAUGCCAUACAGGAGGCAAUAAUUGAAUGAGAUACGAGGAUAAUGAACAAGUCAGGAGUCAGGCUGGUGUGAGGGAGAUACACUUAAUAAUUAUUCUUUAUAUUGCCAACCCAAACUCCAAAUUUCAAGACAUACUGCAGCUUUGUCUCUUCUAAAACAGAGACACUGUUGUUGUGGUGGGAGAAUUACUCAGACCCUUUACCAAAGUACAUGUAGUCGUACAUCAACAAAAAUUAGUAAUGCUAAUCCAAGGGUAGAACUUUUGAGUGUUUUUUAUGACAUUAUACGUAGAGUAUUGGGUUUGUGUUGAUGAAAACAGUGUGUGAUCAAGUGUAUGUAGUCUGUCACAGUAGAGUGAAUUUUAUCAUCUGUAUACUGUUAGGUUGAGUAUUUGAUACAAAAUGCAUCAUUCUGUACAUUGCUGCUGUAUGUUUAUGUAGAAUGUGAAUCUACAAGGUAACUAGUGAGCUGACAGAGUAAGACUGAAGUCAAAGAAAUUCUCUUAGAGGUAGACGUACAAGUAAAACUUAAGUGUAGUGUUUUGGUAAAGGUGCUCAGUAACCUCCUACCUCUCACAAACUACUGCACACACACUUUGUUGCUGUUUUUCUCCCUCUACACUGACCUGAGGCCUGUACUACAAAGUCAGUUCAUCACACCACAGGUUCAUCUUUAAGUUAUCUGGCUGCACUGACCCUAACAAAGAAAGUCCAGCUAAUUAGUCUCAUGCAGCUUGAGACCCCUUAUACUAACGCAUUGACCCAACCCCAUAGUGGCCAAUGUCAUCAUGAGCAACACAUGCAUCUUUAAUAGUAACACAGAACAGCAUAUUUCAUUGACUGGAGAAAAUAAAAUUCUGCUCUAUUUUUCUGAAUUCCUAAGCCAAUUACCCCAUUAAUUCGGGAAAACAGAGUAGAAUUUGUACCCAGUAUAUAUAUGAUGACGAUCUUGUUAAUUAAAAAAAUUGAGCAAUUUUUUUAACCUUACAAUUUACUCAUAAUUCUGAGACAACUGUCUUAUUAAUUCAGAAAGACAGAGCGGUGUUUUUUCCUAAAAUUAAUGCAUUACAUCUCCAUAGAUAAUUAACAAUUCGUGGAUAAAUAGAUGUGUACCUAGCUGUACAGAUAUGAGCAAGUGCGCCAUCAGCUGAUCGUUAUAUAUUACAAACUCCUUUUACAAGCAGACUAUGACGUUAAAAAAUAGAGCAGAUGGACACAAAAACCAGAGAUCAACCCAAAAACAGGAAAAAGAAAAGAAGCAGAUUGAAUGUGUACAUUUUGACUUAUAUUAUCACCUUUUCAUCAUAAAUGCACAGCAGAUUGGCUUCUUCCUGUUUGUUCCAUUAGAAUUAGUUGUGUUAGCCUAUUUUAGUCUCAGCUGAAGGAUGUAAAUUAAGAUUAGAUAACGUGUCCUACCUUUUUCUGUCCCUCCUCUCAUCAAGAUCAGCUUACAAAGCUUUAUGACGAGGAGAAUUGAUUGGUCAGCAGGUGGUGCAUUUCAGAGCAUAAUCUGCUCUGCUGAGCCUAACCUGCUAUACAGAGCAGCAUACGUUACCAUGGUGAUUUACUCCAGUAAGAAGUGAACUUUCUUCAUGUGAAGUUACCUCCAUAAACGCAAAUCCUGCUUCAUAGUACAGGCCCCAGCUCUUUGUGUGUACGUGCGUGUAUAUUUGUAUGUGUGUGUGUUUUUCUGUUUUCUUCCCGUGCCAUGUCUGAGACCUUCAGACCAUCAGAGACGUCCGCUGUGCUGGAAUUAAGAAGAGACUUGCCUCCCUUUUCUGUUCUCUAAGCUGUACUCAUAUUUUGCUUUGUAGACUUCAGAUUAGUGUGACUGUGUCAGAGUGAGAGUAAUUUAUUCAGAGGUUGAUAUGAGACUUUUUUAGUCGGUGACUAAUGUUUGAUUCGCUGAUAUUUGGUGCAACGGGUGGGGUUUGUUUCUGCCUUUGUUUCUGAAGGCCUUCAAGUAUUUGUCGGUACUGAUUAAUGUUUGUAUCAGUCAGUUUUGGGUGGAUCUCCUUCCUUCUCUUUCACUCAUCUGCUCAGUUUUCAAACGGCAUUACUACAAGUUGACACAGUACUUUAUUGAAUUUCCCUUCAGGGAUCAAUAAAGUUCUUCUUAAAGUUAUAAAAAGAGAUAGUGAUCAAUCAUAGUGAUCAAUCAACACUUAUAACAGAGAGGACACAAACUGAGCAAAGCAGCAAAACAAGAAGUAGGAAGUUAAAAUGUGAUUGUUUCAAAGUUUUUACACAAGUAAAAAAUCAUGCAGGAAAAUGCAUGAUUUUGUUUGCAGCUGAAGUCGUGCAUCCUGCCAGCUGCAUGUGUCUCUGCUCCACCCUCAGUCACAGCCUCUACAUCGCUAACUCUCCUCUUCAUAGACAGUCCUGAGAGCUCCUUUGAGCCUUUCAUAAAAGUGAAGACAAGUUGUUCAUGUCAGUUGCAGACAGAAAGAAGAGAGGAGCGAUUCCUUAUCCCUUUACAUUCAUCGGUUCUAACCCGAGGACUGUUGUGAUGGAGCUUCACAGCAUUCUAGAGAAAGACUCCCAAUACAAUGACCAAAUUAGUGAGAAAAUAAGAGAAAAUCCAGAGACCACAGCCACAAAUCUUUUCUGGAUUAUGAAUUAUAAUUAUAAGGAAAUAUUUUAUUUUGGUUAAAUAUUAUUUUGAGAAUUUUUUUAAUUUAUUUUUGCUAUUGAUUGAACGGUAUGUCAAAUGUUGAUCUUUUUUCACUUACUUUUUCGGAACAAGGUGCUACUAGUUCAGUUUUGUUGCUGUGGUGUUGAAACAGGCAUUAACAGUGUUUGGUCAGAAAGGUGCGGUCAGACAAUUAGAUCCGCUGUUCAUCAUCAUAAAAACUAAAUAACUGAUACCUGAUCAUUUAAAUAAAGUUUGUUUUGUAUCUGACAGUUUUAUUGGGACCACAACUGGAGACCAGCUAUAAAUUGUGAGGGUUCAUCUCAGAGUGACAGCACUUAAAAGGACAUGAUCUGUUUCUGCUUGAUGUUGGUUUUGAAAUAAAAUGAGCCUUUUUACUGGAUUGAUGUAAUUUGGUAUUUUGUGAUUUAAAAAGUCAUGAAGAUGUACAGUUUUAAGUUAAUGAUGUUGAACUAUCCAGCUCAGAGUUGGAGGUUGUGUUUAGGCUUUUUAAGAAAGUCAUGGUGUGAAAAUGUCGAUAAAGUCUUCAGAUUCUGGAGAGAAAUCCCAGCUGAGAGGUUUGCUCUUUUCAUCCUAAAGUUUGACCUUUUCUGGUUUUGUUUCUCCUCGUUCCUCCUUCUUUUACUGUUUUAUAACUUUUCUCUCUCUCUCUCUCAGUGGGAGUAGUGCUGUGCCUUAGCUGUACUCCUGUUUUAGGAAAUCCUCUCUGUAAGCAUCAAAUUCUGUCUCAAAUGUCCAAAAGCCAAACGAGAAAAAUGUUGUGAAUGCCUUAUAAAUGACCAUAAUGGUUUUGAAGUACAAUUUUUGGAAAUAAAACAGAAUCUCCCUUUUA